GCCUAGAGGGUCUGUGGAUCUUAACGCUUGGGAAAGUAGAGGACAGAGAAGACAGGGGUGAGAUGACGUAAACUUUGCAGCAGAGGAAGUUUUGAUUCGUGCCCCAAGUGUGGAGAGGGGACUGGUCCAGUUUAUGUCUUUACGAAGGUCGCCCCGAGACUACGUGGCAGAAGCCUGAAAGGAAACUGAAACCCGAAGCUCCGGUGGCUUGGAAUGGGCGGCGGCCGCAGAGAGCUGGAACCGAACGAGAACCCAGGAUUUACGCAGCUAAAAAGGCUCUGCCAGGAGCUGACAGUCCCCACAGAGUCCCAGCCCAGCGCUCCGCGGGAGGGACCGGAAGAGGAAGUCGGGGCUGCACUCCAGCGGUCCGGGUGCCGCCAGCGCAGCCUGCGCCUAGCUGCCCGCCCGUGGGAUGGGGCUGCUGCACUCGCUGCACGCUCCCGCGGCUGCCCUGCUCUGGAGCUGCCUGCUAGGACUGACAGCUGCUCAGGAAGCCAUCCUGCAUGCAUCUGCAAAUGGCAUAUCUACACUUUCCAAGGACUACUGCAUGUAUUAUAACAACAACUGGACACGGCUUCCAAGUUCCCUAGAAAAUGCAACUUCUUUUAGCUUGAUGAAUCUGACCGGCACACCACUGUGCCACCUUUCUGAUAUUCCUCCUGGUGGCAUAAAGAGCAAGUCAGUGGUGGUGCACUGGGGACCCUGCCAUUUUCUUGAAAAAGCCAGAAUUGCACAGGAAGGUGGUGCUGCAGCGUUGCUGAUUGCCAACAACAGUGUCCUAAUUCCUUCUUCAAGGAACAAAUCUACAUUUCAAAAUGUGACUAUACUAAUUGCAGUUAUAACGCAAAAAGACUUUGAAGAUAUGAAAGAGACUCUUGGAGAUGAUAUUACCGUGAAAAUGUAUUCUCCAUCCUGGCCUAACUUUGACUAUACUCUGGUGGUUAUUUUUGUCAUUGCUGUGUUCACGGUGGCCUUAGGAGGAUACUGGAGUGGACUUAUUGAAUUGGAAAACAUGAAGUCAGUGGAAGACGCAGAAGAUAGAGAGACGAGGAAAAAGAAGGAAGAUUACUUGACAUUCAGUCCUCUCACGGUUGUUGUGUUUGUGGUCAUCUGCUGUGUAAUGAUUGUCUUACUGUAUUUUUUCUACAGGUGGCUUGUUUAUGUUAUGAUAGCAAUUUUCUGCAUAGCAUCAUCAAUGAGCCUGUACAACUGUCUUGCUGCAUUGAUUCAUAGGAUGCCAUGUGGACAGUGCACGAUUUUGUGUUGUGGCAGAAACAUUAAAGUGAGCCUGAUUUUCCUUUCUGGACUGUGCAUCUCAGUUGCUGUUGUGUGGGCUGUAUUUCGAAAUGAGGAUAGGUGGGCUUGGAUUUUACAGGAUAUCUUAGGAAUUGCUUUCUGUCUCAACUUAAUUAAAACAAUGAAGUUACCCAAUUUCAUGUCAUGUGUGAUACUGCUAGGCCUUCUCCUCAUCUACGACGUGUUCUUUGUCUUCAUAACGCCCUUCAUCACAAAGAAUGGUGAGAGCAUCAUGGUGGAACUUGCUGCUGGGCCUUUCGAGAAUGCUGAAAAGAAUGAUGGAAACUUUGUGGAAGCCACUGCUGUGCACUCAGCUCCCCAUGAGAAAUUGCCAGUAGUUAUCAGGGUGCCAAAGCUGAUGGGUUACUCAGUCAUGAGUGUAUGUUCUGUGCCUGUUUCAGUAUUGGGUUUUGGAGAUAUCAUUGUACCAGGCCUGUUGAUUGCAUAUUGUAGAAGAUUUGAUGUUCAGACUGGUUCUUCUAUAUACUAUAUUUCAUCCACAAUUGCCUAUGCUGUUGGCAUGAUAAUUACCUUUGUUGUCCUAAUGGUGAUGAAGACGGGGCAGCCUGCUCUCCUCUAUUUAGUACCUUGUACACUUAUUACUGUCUCAAUCGUUGCUUGGAGUCGUAAGGAAAUGAAAAAGUUCUGGAAAGGCAGCAGCUACCAGGCGAUGGACCUGGACUAUUCAACAAAUGAAGAAAGCCCAGUGACAACGGAUGAGCAGAUUGUACAACAGUAAUUACGUGGACUUACAAUGAUGUGUUAUUGAUUUUCUACAAAUAGAUUUUGGCCUUUUUUUCUUUUUUGCUCUUGGAGACAGAGUCAGGACUGGGGUUCAGUCCUCCUGCCUCUGCCUCCCAAAGGUUUGGGACUAUAGCUGGGCAACACCAUGCCUGGCAAGUUUUAAUCAAAGUUUGGGUUGAAAAUUGGGAACACUUACAGUGAUAUUUGCAAAUCUGUAUAUUUUUAUGAGCUGGUAAAAAUCCCAUCAUACAUAGUGAAAAUGCAUUUUCUUUUAAUUAUGUUAAAGUUGUGCCUUCACAGUCAGCUAAAAACAUAGGGUUUGUGUAGAUUCCAAAUGUAUUAUAUACAUUAUAUUUUUCUAAAAAAGAAAAAAAAAGCUACCCUGACCUCCCUUUGUACUUUUCUUAUUGAAAUAUUUCUUCAAAUUCUAAGGAUAGAUCAUGUAUAAGUGUCAAAGCAAGUUUCUGAGUAUAUAUUUUUGUUAGAGAUUUAUGUAACUCUUAACCCUACUACAGAAAUAAAUACUUAAGACUGCAAGAAGUCAGUUCAUGUAUAUGGGUGUUUUGCCUGUAUACAUCUGUCUGUAUACCACAUUUGUGCCUGGUACCUGGUGCCUCAUGCCAAUGGAGACCAGAGGAGGGUGUUGGAUCCCCUGGGACUGGAGUUACAGAUGGCUGUCAGCUGCCCUGUGGGUUCUGGGAAUCUAACCCAGGUCCUCAGAAAGAGCAGCCAGUGCUCCCAACUGCUGAGCCAUCUCUUCAUGCUUGUCGUUUAAGCUUUUAAAAACUUGUAACCCUUUUUGAACCUAAGAACCUAAAUUCGUUCAUGUGCAACGCAUGCUAUUAGACUGUUUUUUAGGUAGAAGGAAACACAGAAGUAGUCAUUAAAAGGACAUCAAAAAUGAAUCUAGUUUCUAUGGGUACAUGGUUUACUUGAAGAUACAGAUUAAACUCCUUUAUGUUUUAGCUUGUUUUUUUUCUGAUCUUUGAAAUUUGAUUCCAUCGAUCAGGUAAGAUUUCUUCUUUUAAAUGUCUUUCUUAUCUGACUAGAUAUUAUAUGUAUAACUUAUUGUUUGCCUUGGCCAUCCUGACAAUCCCCACAUCAUCUUCACCUUCUAGCUUUCCAGUCCUUCUUGUGUAAGUGAGGUCUGCUAACCACAAGUAUACUAAAGUUUUCUUUUCUCACCGCUAAAAUGAGUGGUCAAAGCAGUUAACUGCUUUGCUAGCUUGCGACCUGAAAAAAAAAUUUCCUUCUGAUUCUUUGGAAAAUCUCAGGUGUUUUUCUAGAAAUUAGAGGUGAAAUGAUCUUUGAGUUUUGUUUUGUUUUUUGUUAAUUUCUCUAAGAAAGUACCAGGUGACAAGUCGUUACAAAAGCUCAGGAUUUUGUAUUUCUGUAUAAAUACUGCACGGGAGAUGUGAGCAAAUCUAGUCUUUCAAUGUUCAGGCAAAUUCAGCUUAUUCAAAGUAAAACGAGCAUAUUGAAAAAUGGGUUAGACCUUUGAUAUUUGAACUAAAGUUCACAUUAAAUACUUUUUUGUUUAAUUGUUAACUUUUGCAGAGUAAAUGACAAAGAAGUGGGACCGCUUUAUUCUUCUAGAUACAGAAUGUGUGGGGUCUUUUGUUUACAGCAGAGCUAUGUGGCGGGACAUAAGUGCCAUUUACAAUUCUAACUGUACUUUCUUUCACAUCAAUUGUCAAUAAAAUACUUGCCAAAA